AUGGCCUCUGAAGCAGCCCUUGCGGACCCGGCAGUCGCGGGCGAGGCUGUCGACGAGACCCCUGAGCCGCCGACUUACCGCCUCCCAGACCGGCCGGCUUCAUCGAGCGUGCCAGACGACCCGUGGACGACAUACAAGCCCAUCAUCGAGCGUUUGUACAUUGAAGAGAAGAAACCUCUGAGGGAAGUCAUGCAGGUCAUGGAGAGAGAGCAUGGCUUCAGAUCGACCGCCAAAUCAUAUAAACGCCGGCUCAAGGCCUGGGGUUUGACAAAGUACAUUAAACUGCAGGCUGAUCAUGACGAACCGGUCGUCCGAGAGGCAUUCCCGGACGGCACCCGGGCCUCGGCCACCCGCCAGCAGCACGGGUACGUGCAACUCACCAACGGCCGGCUCGUAGACGCAAAGAGCCUCGCGAUGCACCUGAAGCGGAAGGCGAGGAUCAGGAACGCCUCCCAGUGGAAACGGCGGUAUGAAGUGCUUUCGCCCGGGGCGGUCGUCUGCGCGCCGGACAGGUUCCGCGUCCUCGAGGGGGUCUAUGCCAACGUGCGCGCGUACAUGAUGGGGCGCUUCGAGGAGUCCAUCACCACGCCAAAGGAGGUUGACAUCGCGCGGGGGUGGGACCCACACUCGGGGCGCUGGCUGCGGUUCAGCGCUGCCGUUCAAGCUGCCUGCGAGGAGGGCAAGAUGGAUGAUGCGUACGUAUAUGCCAUUGCUGUUCAUGAUCUCUCUAUCGGGGACCAUGACAUAGUCUGGAUGCGCCAUGCGCCGGAGGAGCUGGGGCUGCUACUGAGGCACCAGCCCUCCAACACUCUUAACAACUUCUUCCGAUUCCUAGCACAGAGCAUUCGGUUCAUCGAGCCUCAGGACCCGGCCGGCGCUCAAUUUCUAAAGGUUGUCAAGGCCCUCAUCAAAUUCGGUGUGGCUUACCUUGCCCAAAACGCCGCCUUUCUCAACUUAUCUACUGGGCAUCCCUUGUACCGACUGUUUGACUGCCUCGCGAGGGUGGACGACGACGAACUACUCCAGGCUGCUUGGAAUGGUUGGAAGGUCGGCUGCCAGUCAUGGUACGACAUUAUGAAGGACCCAGCAGCUUGGAGCGCUAAUGUCGACUAUUUGAAUAUUGCCUCGUUGGGUGGGUGCAGCGUCAGCGAGCUGCCCACAAACAUGGGUGCCAUCCUGGACAAAACCUCGAAGAGAUAUGAGGCAGAGGGCCGACAAAGUCCAAAGUAUCUGGCUUCCUUGUGGAACAAGGCAGUAUACGAAGAAAUGAUUGCUUCGAAUUUUGCAAGGGAUCCGCGCCCGAAAAGUGAUACGUUGGUAACGUGUAAUACAGCGCAUCUGCGAGGACUGGCGGCUGAUGCCCGAGCUACGGCUCCUGAAGCUCCGAUCGGCGUCAUCAACUCUUCAGCGCCGCGCCGGGCACUGGAUCGGUGUAUCGAAUCCAUGAAGCAGACAGUCGUUGCCAUGGAAGAGGAGCAUGGAAACAGUAGUCCUCUUGUUCUUCAAUUCAUGCGCCAGCUGGAAUACGGCAUGUACGAGAUAGGGGAGAUGGAAGUAGCGGCCGAGAUGGCGAGCUUGUUAGAGUUACGGAGCAGUCCCUGUGACUUACAUGUAUCAAUGGCUUUGGAUCAAAGGAUGAUGGGCAUGUGA